ACUACUAGAAUUUUCCCACGCGUAGGAUUCAUUUUUCGUGCUGUUGACCCAGGAGUACAAGUCUAUCUUCAAUAGCAAUUGCAAGGUUUCAUCAGUAACCACUUCUUCUUCAAUCUCAUUUGCUCCAACUUAUCUGCAAAAAAAAUGGCAGAAGCAAUUGUUUCCACUCUCUUAGAGCAGAUAACAACAAUCACCUGUGAAGGAGCACUAGAGGAAAUGAGACUUCUGAAGGGGGUUAAGAAAGAUCUGAGAAAGCUCAAAUUCAAUCUCACAUCCAUCAAAGCUUUACUUAAAGAUGCUGAGCAAAAGCAAAUAUCAGACGAAACUGUCCAGUUAUGGUUAGAUCGGCUGCAAGAAGAGUCUCUUGACAUGGAGGAUGCUCUAGAUGAGUACCAUGGCAUUGCUCGCAACAUAAAAGAAAUUAAUGAGAGGUUAGAUGAGAUUGCUAAAGAUAGAGUAAGGUAUCAGUUAACAGAUAUGCCCAGUAGACUGCCAAAACGAAAAGAAAGCACUAGUUUUAUUGAUGGGUCAAACAUCGUUGGUAGGGAUGAGGUAAAGAAACAAAUAAUUGGUCAUUUGCUGUGUGGGACUAGCAAAGAAGGAGAGACCUGUCAAACCAUCUCUAUAGUAGGGUUAGGAGGAAUUGGUAAGACUGCUCUUGCCCAACUGAUCUACAAUGAUGAAGAAGUUAAACAACAUUUCACUAGCAGAAUCUGGGCAUAUGUUUCAAACAUUUUUGAUGAGAGUAAAGUGGCAAAAAUGAUCAUUGCGGAACUUGAAGGCCUAGAUGAAGUAGGAGUCCUCCAAAUGGAGUCAGUUCCACUAAAUGCCCUUUUAAAAAAAAUUUGCAAGUCCAUAGAAGGAAAGAAAUACCUUCUUGUCCUAGAUGAUGUAUGGACAGAAAAUGAUGAAGACUUUGGAGGACUGAAUGCUACUUUCAAACCUGGUGCUCCAGGAAGUAGAAUUUUGGUGACUACUCGUAAGGAUACUGUUUCAAGAGCUAUGGGGAGUUCUCACACCAUUUAUUUAGAAACUUUGAGCCAAGACUUAUGCUGGUCCAUUCUUAAGAAAAAAGCACUAAGAGAAAGGAGCCAAAAGACUUGUGAAGAUUUAACGCCAAUUGGGUUGAGAAUUGCAGAGAAAUGCAAAGGUCUGCCACUUGUUGCAAAGACUCUGGGAGGUCUUUUACAGUUUAAAACUACUAGAAAAGAAUGGGAAGAUGUCAUGAAGAGUGAGUUAUGGAGGCUGGAUGUGGUACAUAAAGAUGUUUUUGUUCCUCUAUUGUUGAGUUAUUAUGAUCUACCAUCACCAGUAAAACAAUGCUUUAAAUAUUGUGUUUCCUUUUCUAAAGACACUGGUUAUUGUACUAAUCAUCUGAUUGCAAAAUGGAAGGCACAAGGUUACUUAGGCUUUCAUGAUGGUGAUGAUUCAUUAUUGGAACUGAAAGGAUUUGAGCACUUAAAGUGCUUAGAGGCUCGUUCUUUCCUCCAAAUUGAAGAUUAUCAUCCUGUCUAUGGUCAAUAUGCAAGGUAUAGGAUGCAUGAUUUCGUACAUGACUUUGCUCUUUUUUUGACAAAGGGUGAAUUUGUGGAAGAGGUGAUCUCCAAAGGUGAUAAAAGCAUGAAGAUGAACUCGGAAAGAACUUGUCGACAUUUGAUAUUAAUACCUGAAAGCAGCCUCAGUUUUCCUGAAUCCAUUUCUGAUGUAGAAAAAUUGCGAAGUCUCCAUAUUUCUGCUAAGAAGGGUGGUGUUAUCAGUUGUGGGGCCUUAUGUAAUUUGUUUAAUAAAGCCCGUCGCUUAAGGGUGUUGGGAAUGAGUAGAUAUCCUGGUUCAACUAUUCCAGAAGAAAUAGGGAACUUGUUGCAUUUAAGAUACCUUUACUUGAAUACUCUUCAUCUGAAAAGGUUGCCUAAAGCAAUUGGUAGAUUACACAACUUACAAUCUUUAGAUCUAUACUCGUGUUCUAAUUUAGAAAGAUUGCCGGACGAGAUGGAAAAUCUAGUCAACUUGAUGGCUCUUGAGACUGCAGCAUGCUUCAGUUUAACUUGCUAUCCGAAGGGAGUUAGGAGAUUAACUCGUCUUACACAAGUAACAGGGCUCAUUGUGAGAGUUGAUCAUAACGAUCCUAAAGAGUUCAGCAUUGGAGAUCUAGCAAACUUGAAACAACUUGUUGUGCUUUCUAUGAAAAUGGUGGGAAACACAAUCAAUGUGGAGGAGUCAAAAAAGGUGAAGCUGCAAAAUUUGCAGGAGGUGAAAAUUCUGGUGAAUGAGGCUAUAGCGGAAGAUGAAGACACCAUACUUGAAUCCUUAAACAUGUCCUCAGUCCCAAGGUGCUGCUUUGAUACGAACUUCCAUAUGAUUGGUCGAUUCAGUACACCAAGAAAUGAAUACCAAUACUUCGGCCUUUGAACAACUGGACCAUACAGUACUGUGAUGCGUCUUUCAAACAUGUUCCUUCGGAGGUUGUCCAUGAUGAGAAUGUUGUUGAUGAUGAUGUGUGUGAAAGAAGAAAGAUGUAGGUGCUCCUUUUUCCCUCUUUUUGAUACUUCCACCUUGGUGGACAUCGUAUGAUUUUUUCGUUAAUUAUCUAGAUAAUUGUGCGCAGAUAUUGCUGCUUUCUUUUUUUUUUUAUUAAACUUUGACUAUUUAG